GCCGAGGCACCUGCAAAGCCGGAGCAGAGCUCCCCAUUGCGCACGCUUGCCGACUUCCUUCCUUCCUUCCCUGCCUUUACCUGGCGAGGGAGCGGCCAGGGAGCCCCGCCCCGUCCCUCCGGGCAGCCCUUGAUCCCUCCCCCUUCCGCUUUUCCCUCCCUUUGCAUUUAGUCCAGUAAGUUUUCCCCGGGAGCCGGGCAAAGGUCGAGCGCUUCUCUCCGGCUUUGCACCGCCCGGCCGCCCUCUGCUCUCUCUUCUCCUCUUUGCAGUCCAAGAGGCAGACUUCCUGGGCUCUUCCUCCUGCUCCCAGGCCGGACUUUGGAUUGUACCGAAGGGGUUUUCCUCUCCUUUUUGGGGCGACGUUUUUGGAUGCUUCGGGGACUGGGCUCUCCUUGCGCGCCGCCUGCCAGGAGGACAUGUCGGUGGCGGAGCUCUACACCAAGUAUACGAGAGUAUGGAUUCCUGACCCAGAGGACGUCUGGAAAUCAGCAGAAAUCAUCAAAGAUUACAAAGAAGGAGAUAAAACUCUACAGCUGAAACUAGAAGAUGAAACGAUCCAGGAAUAUCCUAUUGAUCCGAAAGCCAAUAAGCUUCCCUUCUUGCGUAACCCGGAUAUUUUGGUUGGAGAAAAUGACCUGACAGCUUUAAGUUACCUCCACGAACCUGCAGUCUUGCACAACUUAAAAAUCCGAUUCUUAGAAUCGAACCACAUCUACACGUAUUGUGGUAUUGUCCUGGUUGCCAUUAAUCCCUAUGAACAGUUGCCAAUCUAUGGACAAGAUGUUAUCUAUGCUUACAGCGGCCAAAACAUGGGAGACAUGGAUCCCCAUAUCUUUGCAGUUGCAGAGGAAGCAUACAAGCAAAUGGCCAGAGAUGAGAAGAACCAGUCUAUUAUUGUUAGUGGGGAGUCUGGAGCUGGCAAGACGGUCUCUGCCAAAUACGCCAUGCGCUUCUUCGCUUCAGUCGGAGGUUCUUCCAGUGAAACCAAUAUUGAAGAGAAGGUCUUGGCUUCCAGCCCUAUUAUGGAGGCAAUCGGGAAUGCAAAAACAACCCGCAAUGACAACAGCAGUCGGUUUGGGAAAUACAUUCAGAUCGGCUUUGAUAAAAGAUACCGGAUCAUCGGUGCGAACAUGAGGACGUAUCUGCUUGAGAAAUCAAGAGUUGUAUUUCAGGCAGAAGAUGAGCGAAACUAUCACAUUUUCUAUCAGCUGUGUGCCUCCGCUGGUCUCCCAGAAUUUAAAGAUCUCUCUCUAACAUGUGCCGAAGACUUUUUCUACACAUCCCUGGGAGGAGACACGUCUAUCGAGGGAGUGGAUGACGCAGAGGAUUUUGAGAGAACCAGGAAUGCUUUCACUCUGCUUGGAGUGAAGGACUCACACCAGAUGACCAUAUUUAAGAUACUUGCUGCCAUCCUGCAUCUCGGGAAUGUGGGGCUGCAAGCAGAACGUGAUGGAGAGUCAUGCAGUCUAUCAAAACAGGAUGAACACCUGCAUAAUUUUUGCAGAUUGCUGGGGGUGGAGCACACUCAGAUGGAGCACUGGCUCUGCCACCGGAAGCUGGUCACCACCUCAGAGACCUACAUCAAGAACAUGUCCGUCCAGCAGGUCGUGAAUGCCAGGAAUGCGCUAGCCAAACACAUUUAUGCCCAGCUGUUCAACUGGAUUGUGCAGCACAUCAACAAGGCUCUGUACACCACGGUCAAACAGCAUUCCUUCAUUGGGGUCCUGGACAUUUAUGGGUUUGAAACCUUUGAAGUGAACAGCUUUGAACAAUUCUGCAUCAACUAUGCCAAUGAAAAAUUACAACAACAGUUCAACUCGCAUGUAUUUAAAUUGGAACAAGAAGAAUACAUGAAGGAGCAAAUCCCUUGGACACUCAUAGAUUUUUAUGACAACCAGCCAUGCAUAGAUCUCAUAGAAGCUAAGCUGGGUAUUUUGGAUUUACUGGAUGAAGAAUGUAAGGUCCCUAAGGGAACAGACCAGAAUUGGGCUCAGAAACUGUAUGAUCGCCAUGGAAGCAGCCAACACUUCCAAAAGCCCCGCAUGUCCAACAUCUCCUUCAUUGUUGUACAUUUUGCAGAUAAGGUGGAAUACCAGUGUGAUGGAUUCCUGGAGAAAAACAGAGAUACUGUUUAUGAAGAGCAGAUCAACAUACUGAAGGCCAGUAAGUACCCGAUGGUUGCUGAUUUGUUUCAUGAUGAAAAAGAUCCCGUGCCCGCUGCUCCAGCUGGAAAGGGAGCUUCCUCGAAAAUCAAUAUCCGUUCUGCUCGUCCAACUAUGAAAGCUGCCAAUAAAGAGCACAAGAAAACAGUCGGGCAUCAGUUUCGUAACUCCUUACAUUUGCUAAUGGAGACCCUGAAUGCCACAACUCCGCAUUAUGUGCGUUGCAUCAAGCCAAAUGAUGAGAAGCUUCCUUUCAGCUUUGAUCCGAAGAGAGCAGUCCAGCAAUUGAGAGCUUGUGGAGUUUUGGAGACCAUCCGCAUCAGUGCAGCUGGCUACCCAUCCAGGUGGACCUACCAUGACUUUAUGAACAGGUAUCGAGUUCUUAUGAAAAAACGGGAUGUCUCCAAAAAAGAAGACAAAAAGGUGGCCUGUAAAACACUGCUUGAAAGCCUAAUUAAGGAUCCAGACAAAUUCCAGUUUGGGCGUACCAAGAUAUUCUUCCGUGCUGGCCAGGUGGCAUACUUGGAGAAACUACGGGCAGAUAAGUUCCGUGCUGCCACCAUCAUGAUACAAAAAACAGUGCGUGGCUGGUUUCAGAGAAUGAUUUACAGGAGGAUGAGAGAGUCAGCAAUAAGAAUCCAGAGACAUGCCAGAGGGUUCCUGGCACGGAGGCUGGCUGCUCGUCUACGGCAAACAAAAGCAGCCAUUGUUUUCCAGAAGCAAUACCGAAUGGUGGAGGUCCGCCGUGCAUACCUAGCCAUCCUUAAAGCUGUCAUCACCAUCCAAGCCUUCACGCGAGGAAUGUUUGUAAGAAGGAGCUAUCAAAAGAUGCUCAUGGAACACAAGGCCACGGUCAUCCAGAAGCACGCCCGGGCUUGGCUGGCUCGCAAGCGUUUUGCCCGAUUCAGAAGUGCUGCUGUGGUCGUCCAGUGCUACUUCAGGCGCAUGAAGGCCAAGCGGGAGCUGAAGACCCUGAAGAUAGAGGCACGGUCUGCAGAGCACUUGAAGAGGCUUAACAUUGGCAUGGAGAACAAGGUUGUUCAGUUGCAGAGGAAGGUAGAUGAACAGAACAAAGAAUACAAGCUCCUGAAUGAGCAGCUCUCCACAGUCACCUCUACUUAUUCUGUUGAGAUAAGCAAAUUACAGAAGGAACUGCAACGCUAUCAACAGAAGAAUGAGGACGAGAACCAGAUUACAAAUUUGCAAGAAGAGAUUGACACUCUCCGGUUGGCGCUGGAAAAGGCGCACGGGGAGAGAAAAAUUGUGGAAGAUACCUACACAAAGGAGAAAGACGUCCUCCAAAAGCGGAUAUCGGACUUGGAGGAAGAAAAUGUGCUGCUAAAGCAGGAAAAAGAGAAUCUGAACAACAAAAUCUUGUGUCAGACGGAAGAUGAAAUUUCACAAAAUGCCGUUGAGGAAAAUCUUCUGAUGAAGAAGGAGCUGAAUGAGGAGCGAACUCGCUAUCAGAACCUGGUGAAGGAGUAUUCGAGCCUCGAGCAGAGAUACGACAACUUGAGGGAUGAGAUGACUAUCAUAAAGCAAACUUCAGGACACAGAAGAAAUCCGUCUAACCAAAGCAGCCUGGAAUCAGAUUCCAAUUACCCAUCGAUUUCUACAUCUGAGAUUGGAGAUACAGAAGAUGCGAUACAGCAAGUGGAGGAGGUUGGCGUGGAGAAGGCAGCUAUGGACAUGACUCUCUUCUUAAAGCUUCAGAAGCGAGUGCGAGAACUGGAGCAGGAAAGAAAGAAACUGCAAAGCCAGUUGGAAAAGAAGGACAGCGAAAGCAAGAAAUCCCAGGUAAUUGAAACGAAGAACGAAAUGGAUUUGGACCGUGAUACGGAUCUAGCAUACAACAGUCUGAAGAGGCAAGAGUUAGAGUCAGAGAACAAGAAACUGAAAAAUGACCUUAACGAGCUGAGGAAGGCCGUAGUGGACCGGGUGGCCCAGAACAACAACUGUUCCCAUGACAUCUACGACAGUUACAGCCUCCUCCUCAAUCAGCUCAAGUCCGCUAAUGAAGAGCUGGAAGUGCGGAAGGAAGAGGUGCUUAUUCUAAGGACACAGAUUAUAAAGGCAGCCCAGCAAAAAGAUGCUGGCAGAAACAUGGAAUCGAACAACAUCCAAACGGUUUGGCCAAACAGUGAUAAACAUGUAGAUCCGGAAGACGCCAUCGAGGCUUAUCACGGAGUGUGUCAAACAAACCGCAAGACUGAGGACUGGGGGUAUCUGAAUGAAGACGGAGAGCUCGGCUUGGCCUAUCAGGGUCUCAAGCAAGUUGCCAGGCUUCUUGAAGCUCAGCUCCAGGAGCAAAAAAGAAAUCAUGAAGAAGAACUGGAAAAACUGGAAGAAGAGAUGCAAGCUCUGAGGGGUGAAAUGGAAAAACAACAGGAGGCCUUUUAUCAGACCCUUCAACUGUCGCCAGAAGCUCAAGUAGAGUUUGGCAUACAACAAGAAAUCACGAGGCUGACCAACGAAAACCUGGAUCUCAAAGAGCUUCUGGAAAAGUUAGAAAAAAAUGAAAGGAAGCUUAAAAAACAACUACGGAUUUACAUGAAGAAGGUCCAGGAUUAUGAAACCGAUCAAGCCGUUAUACAAACUGAAAAACAGCAGCACGAACUCAGCAGGCAAGUCACCGUCCAAAGGAAGGAGAAAGAUUUCCAAGGAAUGCUGGAGUAUUUCAAAGAAGAUGAGCAGUUCAUCAUCAAAAAUCUCAUUACAGAUUUAAAGCCUCAGACAGUAUCUGCUACAGUACCCUGUCUUCCCGCUUAUAUCCUGUACAUGUGCAUCAGGCACGCAGAUUACAUCAACGAUGAUCAUAAAGUACAUUCCUUACUCACCUCCACCAUCAAUGGCAUUAAGAAAGUAUUAAAGAAACAUAACGAUGAUUUUGAAAUGACAUCUUUUUGGCUGGCCAACACCUGUCGCCUUCUUCACUGCCUGAAGCAGUACAGCGGAGAUGCGGGUUUUAUGACCCAGAAUACUGCCAAACAGAACGAGCAUUGCCUGAUUAAUUUCGACCUCACUGAGUAUCGCCAGGUCUUAAGCGACCUCUCCAUACAGAUCUACCAGCAGCUCAUUAAAAUUGCAGAAGGUGUCUUGCAGCCCAUGAUAGUGACUGCCGUAUUGGAAAACGAAAGCAUCCAGAGCCUCUCAGGCAUAAAGCCCAUGGGCUACCGGAAACGAAGCUCUAGCAUGGAGAACACUGACAACUCUUACACUUUGGAGGCUAUCAUCCAUCAGCUGAACACCUUCCACAGCACCAUGUACGACCAGGGCCUUGACCCCGAGAUCAUCCAGCAGGUGGUCAAGCAGCUCUUCUACAUGAUCAAUGCCGUGGCCCUCAACAACCUCCUGCUGAGGAAGGACGUCUGCUCCUGGAGCACAGGGAUGCAACUCAGGUUUAACAUCAGCCAGCUGGAGGAAUGGCUGCGAGGGAAGAACCUGCACCAAAGCGGAGCUGCCAAAACCUUGGAGCCUCUGAUCCAGGCCGCACAGCUCCUACAGCUGAAAAAGAAGACCUCUGAAGAUGCCGAAGCAAUUUGCUCCUUAUGCACUUCCCUCACUAUGCAGCAGAUUGUAAAAAUCCUCAACCUCUACACUCCUGUUAAUGAGUUUGAAGAGCGAGUGACUGUAGCCUUCAUAAGAAAUGUUCAGGCGCUUCUCCAAGAGCGGAACGACCCUCCGCAGCUGCUGCUGGACUUCAAGUUCAUGUUUCCAGUUUUGUUCCCAUUCAGUCCUUCCUCUCUCACCAUGGACUCCAUCCACAUCCCGGCUUCUCUUGGACUGGAUUUCCUUAUGAAAGUUUAAAGACACAAUUUGGAAUCCCAAGAGUCCAACUUUCUAAGAGUUCAAGCAAAAAAAGAAAAGAAAAGAAUAACUUAAAGGAUGUCUUCAAAUGUGGACCAAACUAUUGGUUGAAACAAACCAAUACAUUUUAGCCAAUUAAUGUUCAAUUGUACAGCUUAAAAAUUGAAUCUUAUAUUUUCAUUGGAUGCUUUUUGAUUUGUACAGGGAUAUUUUUUUUUGGAGGGGACUAGAUCUUUCAACUAAUACUUGAAACAAAAAAGGGGAUUUGUACUGCUCAAUAACAUGCUAAUAUAUUGUCUCCCAACUGUCACUCAAGUUCUGGCAUUAGUAAGAGAGACGUCUGUUUUGAUUUUCAUAAAUUAUUUUACGUUAAAAAAACAAAAAACAAAAAAAGCAACUUAGAUGGCCAAGCAUCUUUAAACUGUUCUAGGUUAUGAGGUUUGCCAUUACAUAUUAGAAGCAGACUUCAGUUGGUGCUACCAGCCACUAUUUGAAAAAUAUUGUUUCAUAGAUUAGAGUUGCAGUAGGCAAAACUAUGGAUUUGUGACACUGUUUAAAAAGUGUUACUUGUACUCUGAGACUUAGCAAAGCGACUAAAGUUAAUCUUCUCUGCUCCAUUACAUACAAAUUUGUAUAUAGUAUAAUGCGGACUGGUAACUAAAACAGCAUCAGUCCACCACUGACAUAUUACAUGACCAUAAAUACAUUUAUUUUGAAAA